CGGCGCUGCUAUAAAACGCGACGUAGUCCGCGAGCCGCUCAGUUACAGUCCGAAGCUAGGUCAUCAACGAGAGUGAGUGGCAGUAGCGAUUAAUCGGCUCCGAACACUCCGCGUGACCCACUUUCAAACACGUUCCAGUGCCUUUUUAGACUGACUUUGUGAUAUAUUGUGAUACUAGUUGCUAAGUUCGCGCAUCAUGCCUGCUCCCAUCGACACCAAGGAGGUCCAACUUGGAACCCUCUCUGAACCUGACGACGUCAAGGAACUGAUUUCAUCGUCGAAGCUGAUGGACCCUAGGGAUAGUAUCUCCUCGAUCGAUAGCGAUGUGUCUUUAACUUUCGAUAAGGCUACCUUAACCGAAACCGCAACUGAAGAUGAAGGUGCUCAUAUGGGAGACUUGAGUGACAGCUGUUCUGACAAUGGCGGCAAGGAUUCGGGGUGUGAAGUUACUCCUGAGGUAACCGAACCACCGUUCACACCUCCUUCUGAAGAAUUGGCUGACAAGAUCGUCCAACAAGUGGAGUUUUACUUCUCUGACGCUAACAUCACGAAAGACGCAUUCCUGUUGAAACAUGUGAAACGUAAUAAGGAAGGAUACGUUUCCUUGAAGCUGAUUUCAAGCUUUAAACGCGUGAAGCACCUUACGAAAGAUUGGAGGGUUGUAGCUCAUGCUUUAUCUCGCUCGACGAAGCUAGAAAUCAACGAAGCUGGCACUAAGCUUCGCAGAUUGGACCCUUUGCCUCAGUAUGACGAGACUACACCGUCCAGGACCAUUGUAGCUGUCCACAUGCCUAUAGAAAAACCCACCAUCGAAAACGUAGCAGAAUUGUUCAAGUCCUGCGGGGAGAUAGCUCUGAUAAGGAUUCUAAGACCAGGCAAUCCGAUACCAGCUGAUGUCAGGCAGUUCAUCAACAAAAAUCCUUCCUUAGCUGGAAUGACUUGCGCUCUAGUGGAAUUUGUAGCUUCAGAAUCUGCUAGGAACGCCAUUAAAAUGCAGAGUUCCCUAGGAGAUCCUUUCAAGGUGUAUGAAUUGAACAAUAUUCCUCAUCCAGAGAGGAAGAAGAAGACUAACACCAAGAAGAACGAGAAAAAUAAUAACAAUAACAACAAUCAUACGACGAACAGGAAUAUUAUAUCGGAAUCGGACUAUAUUUCGUCGUCUUGCCAAAGUGGAUCAGAAGCUGAGGACAAGAUGAGAUUCGACCCUAGAAACAAAACCCGUCGUGGCUCUUCAGGCUACUUCCCCAACAGAUAUAUCGAACCAGCAGCCUGGCUCCAAAGACGCUUGUCAGCCUCCAGUACCGAGGCUAACUUCAUCUACAUGCCCCGUAGACUCUCGUAUAGCAGCAGAGAUUCAAGCGAUUCCAGCCUGUUUAUCCCCAGGCGUAUGAGCGCCAGCUGCGUACACGAGAUCUCAUCCAGGAGGAUGUCUUCUACCAGCACAGACAGCACGGGCCCCAGGUCGAGAAGUAACAGCAAUGUGUUCCAGAACAACGAGAAUGUUCUGCGAAUGCCCAGGGGCCCAGAUGGCAGCAGGGGUUUUAGGCAAAGACUGCCUACCGUAGCGCAGUAAGUGAGAUGAUCUCGUGGAUGGGUGUUGGAACCCAGGUUCUAGGUGGAUACCCGGUCUCGAACGACCAGAAAAAGUUGAGGAAAUUCAGCAUCGAACUAGUGAGAUUGCAGUUCUAAAGACGAUUCAUGAGUUAACAUUAAGAUUGGUACUUUCACUGUCGGGGAAUGCAGAUCAUCUGCUACUACUUUGCUACUUCUAUAAGGUCGUGAAGUAUCAAAGGAUCAUCAGCUCACGUACUGUCUGGAAGGUGAUAUCACCUUAGCACCACAGCAAAUGCGUGGUGUGAUCUUCUAGAUGAAUUUUAUCGUUAAAACCUCUAUUCUGUAAUUUCAGUAAUAUUGAGUAGAAGGUGCUCUAAUUGGUGCUUCGGAAUUUUGUUUAAAAAAUGCCUGUUAUGCUCCUUCAAAUGUUUCUAAAGAUGGAUCAUUCUUCAACUAAAAUUUUGCCAUCUGUUGCCGUAUUAUCAAAUUGAAACCACGGAACGUAAACCUUUACCUUUACUAGAACGUUUACACAAUUCUGAACGUACACGCUCAUUGAUGGCAAGGAUGGGUUCCGUCACACAUAAUCAAAUGACAGCCCACACACUUGAGCGACGAGAAGGAAGGCGACGUGUCACGUUUAACACGAGCAAGUGUCAAAUGUCACCGCGGUUCCCUUCGUGUCGCAUCUCCUCAAUGUGCUUGCACUUUGAUACAUAACCAAAUUCCCAGGCUUCUAGAUGACAGGCUCGAUAUUGACUUAUGUCAAGUCGUUGAAGAAUGGCGCCAAAUUUAAAUCUCGAAGUAUCUGUUAGGACACCAUUUAUGAUUUCAGUGGUUAUAAAGUAGCAUUUAAUAGUUUAGUUGUCUUCUUGUCAAAGUGCGAUGAGGCUAAACUGGGAUUUCCCCUUCAAAAAGGAAGAUUAUCCUCAAAUAUGGCUCAAAAUGCCAGUGGCUUGCUGGAGAGUCUCUAGAAUUUCCGCCGUUAGAUUUGCAUUGAGCCAGUUUGAUCUAGAUUCAUCGAAAAUACGUUAAUUUGUUUCACUCGAAUUAUGUUAUAUCAGUUGUUUACAGAUUUGGUGAAAGAUAAAGCAAUUCAUAUAACAUAUAUCUGAAUCGAAAACAUAAACGUUUCUGAGAUCAGACGCGGUCUAAGCAUACUGAAAUAUCGAAUGAUUGCUCAGAGGCACAUUCAAAAUAACAAUCCCUUGGAGUCUUUAUUUUGUUAUAGAAAUUCUAUAUAUUUGACGAUUUUUUGAUGACAUCUAAAUCGCUUCUGGCGGUACGUUCGAAUUUAGAAAAUUUUCGUUGUGCAAGAAGCAAUAUGUGACAUUUCUCCGAAAACAAAAAUAAUCUGUAAAAAACAAGUGCUAAGAAUGUUUUUAUUCUCAUUUUAGCACCAUCUUCUCUAAAUAUAGCGCAAGUGAUAAAAUUAAUGUGUCAAAACAAUUUUUUUUGUAUUUCGAAAUGAACGCAUGCAUUUUAAAAAUAUGCAUAUAAAAAUAGCUUUAUCAAGUUGCCUGCAGAACAGCACGUAUUCCGAGAUACGUAUAUCACAACCGCAUGUUUUUGCUCGACAUGUCCACAACAAAGUGAGCCUCUCACGAUAAGAAUCAUUCGAACCUUUUUAAUAACAUCAUACAUUUUAUUACUAUUUCAGUAAUUGUGGUUUCAAAGUUCUUUUAUUUGCUAUCAAAAUUAUCAGGUAUUUCUGUCAGCGGUUGGUUUCUCCCACCAAAUUUCAGGGUCACUAAAUCCGUGGUUAGUAUCAACUAUUUGAGAUGCACUCACUCAGAUUCUGGCCAGAUUCUAAAUUGGACAAGCUUCUUUUGCAAAAGGCAGAAGACAGACAAAUAUACGCAACAGUAACAAUAGCUAUAAAAGUAUAAAAUUAGAAAUUCUCUGAAACCAUUAGAAAGAAGCCAUUCGUAUCUACUUUCUCCUAUAAGUUAUCUUGUAGUGCAAGUGGGUUAGACAACAUAUGUGAACGGAUAACGAAAAGCAAAUAGUUCUGAUAAUACACCUUUAAUAUUUAUGAUCGGUUGAGUUUAUUUGGUAAUAAAUACGGUACAAUGAACAGAUUGUGGUUAUAAAACUGAAGUACAACGCUUGUGGGUUUUUACAAUUGAAGUGGAAUUUCGAGUUAUUUCCAUAUAUCACAUACUUCGUCUAUACCUACAAUAACUACUGCAAGUUGGAAGUAAUAUGCCAACAAACACUCGUGAGACUGCUCGAAAUGGUGGGAAGAUGAAAACUCAUUCACCUUUCUAUGCUAGUACCGAACGUACUAUUCUAGAAUGGUGACGUAACACCUGUAACUUAUUAUGGUUUUCUGGCCAAAUGUUUUUCCAAGGCACUGUGAUACUGACAAUACAUUUUAUAUGUAUCUUUUGUUUUUCCUUUUAUUCGUUAUUAUACAGCCUGAGCACGCGAUGGUCAGGAAGUUGCUUUUUCCCAAAAACGUACAUCCAAAACUCUCGAGAAUUCUUUAAAAGUAGGCUAUCCCCCGGCAACGUGUAAUCUUUCCUCAACGUCAUAAAAAAUCGUAUGAUGUUAACGCGUUUGGUCAUUUUUCUCAGAAUCUCAUUCUGCGAUUGCGAAAUUAACAAAAACUACAACCCAGUUUAUCCGUUCACUGACGUCAUUGAUAGCUGCAAAACAAAUGAAGUAUCUUUAACCUCUCAACCGAGUAUGUAUAUUUAACUUGACCCCACUAUCAUAAUGUGUGAUAUCUCUAGAGCUUUAAUGUAGCUUCGUUCAUGAUUUGAGUCACGUUUCAGAUUACAGUAAAUGCUUGUAAAAUCUAGCUGCACGUUUUAUGGAUGACUGCAAAGAAUAGCUGAUAAAAUGUAUCUAGGAUCGACUCGAUCAGUGACAUAAAGAUUAUAAUAACAAAAAUUAGAAGUUAAUUAUUUUUACGUAAUAACUUUCUAAAUGGUAUAUCAAACCAAAAAUACUCUGUUUCAAAAAUUCAUUGAGUAAACAAAACCAGAUGUCUUGACCUAUUCCAAGAACUUUCAAGCUCUUUUUAUUAUUAUCCAGUCUUCUGGAUGUACGUGAUUCAAAUCAGACGUUUCAGAAGUAAUCGUCUGACUUUAGCGACCAUUUACCUUUAGUAAAUAAAAACAACAUGAACUUAUCUCAAGCUCAUUUCGCGAUUAUCAGGAAUUUUGGGUUUACGUGAUUCGAGUCACAACGGCAUCGACUAUUUUCGUAAAUAAGAAUGUUUGUUUUUCAGUCGGUGUUGAUAAAACAUGUUUAAGAUGAAAACAAAGCCGCGUGCCAAAAUCGAUGGCAAUUCCCUUGGAAGAUAUCCAAUGAGACAUCCUUGCAGUGAUGUCAAGGUUCUUGUUAUUUAUCAUUAUUUAUUUAUUCAUCCGUAUGCCUCGAGGAAAGAUAUAAAUCCAGAUUCUUGAAAUAUAAUAUGAAACAUUGCGAUAACUUGAUACGUACACUAUGAUUCUUCGUUAUCAAGCCGGAAAUUUAUUAUUUCUUAGUAUUCAGUUUUUCUACAUUGAUAUCUGCUUCCAACUAGUUUAAAAACUAACGACAUGCUGUAAAUAAGUUUCAACACUGAGAACAAAAGUGUCAAAGCUCUUACAUCUGCUUAAGAACCAAUUCAUUCCGACAAAAGAUAGAGGGCCAUGAAACUAUCCCACAUAGCGUAACCUCGACAUCGUAGGAAGCCUUGAAAUGGCAGUUCAAUGUUUUUUAGCCGCUCUGCAUGUGAAUGAAACUGGAACCACAUCGCAGCGCUCGGUGCGCUUAACCCACUUUCUGGGCACUUUCACCGAGCAGUGCUGCGGCUCGGCGACGUAGCAAAGAAAAUUUUAGAAAUUUCUACGUUAGAACGGCUCGCCAGACUGAUGUCUCGAGCAGACUCGACUGUAUAUACUGCAAGACAAAAAAAUCCUAAAUCAUCAAAGGAGAUGCAGUUUUCUCAAUCUGACGAAAUGUUGUCAGAAAACUUGAAUUAUGGAAAAAGUUCAUAUGAGCAUAGCUCCGGAAAUCGUUUGUUUCUGAAAUACAAAUUAAACUUGAGCGUCUUCAAUUUUUUACCUUAUUACAUUUUCCGAAAUGAAUUAUCAAACGUCAAAUCAACAUGUAUUUGUGUUUUCUGAAGCAUUUACAUAUGUAGCUGACAGGUCUCUAUGUUUAGCGAAAAGCGUCAAUGAUUUUGCGAAAGAUUUGUGUCAAUAUCCGUUUCGCGUUUUCGAAAUAGGAAUUGCUAUAUUUAUUUACAAGUGCAUCAGUCUCUAAAUUGUUAUUAAACAAUAAUAAUCGGGCUCUCAGUGUAUUUAAUGAACAAUAGAGUACUCCAAAAAAACACCUUUCAAUCAGAAUCAACAUGGAUUUGACAAAACGACACUUACUUUUACUUACUUUUGCCAAACCCAUGGCGCCCAAUUUUUCACUCAACACAAAGAUAUACACACCAAAAUAGGCAAUUUUUAUAAUCAUAUUCCCAAAAAGACGUCCAGCCUUCCAAGGCGACAAGCGAGCAUAGGGUUAUCUGUCGUUUUUUAAUGUACCAGACGCGUCACCUGGAUAGGUCAAAAAGCUAUUUUUUCAAGAUUCGCCAUAAUCCUGGAUUUAGGGGGAGGUAAGGGUUAGAAUUUCGUCAAAAGUGCGAAGAGGUCGAAAAGACUGGUUUGUCAGUUUCAAUGUCGAGCAGUAUAAGUGCAUGUGAAUGAACGAUACGCUUUUUAACCAUUCAAAUGGCGGUGCGCUGCCUUUCUUCUGCUUAGUUUACCAUUCGUAGCAUAUAAUGACGAAAGACAUUCUGAAAGUAUAACGUAUGCCCUUUUCACGAUUGCAAUGCCAGAAGAAAACACCGAUAGAUAUCCUUACACUUCUUUGAGCUAACCUGUCGACAUUCGCCUUUGAAGUACUUCUUCAAGCUGUCGGAAAUCAAGGAAAAUUGCAAACUGGAAUAUGUUUAUUAGAAUAAUCAGGCUAUCGUCGCAGAAAUGAGAGUUGCGAAAAAUGUCACAUAUUGAAAACAUUAAAUAAUAGACAUUUCAAACGUUGAAAUGGUAACCAAUAUAUGCAUUGAAAAUGUGUUUUCUAGAGUUUUUUUUAUAGAAUGUAAAGAGCGUGUUCGACCUGUAACUGUUUUGUUCUAGAAACAGUGGUUAUAUUUAGAUUUUAGACUUUUUUUAGAUUAUAAGUAGUGAGAAGUGGGAAGACCGUUAAUUUUCAGUGGAUUGUACUUAAAUUGUAUGUUUUGUAAUUUUUGUAUAUUUUCCAUGUACAUCCUAGGAUCAAUGAUUAUCAUCGAGAUUGAGUUAGUUUUUAGUUAGUUUUGCAAUUUUUGUACGUCUCAUUCAUUCUAGGAUAUACAUGUAUACAUUUGAGUAUAUGUAUAUGGAUUUAUAUUUAUUACAUUUAUUUAUUAAAAAACUGAAACAUUUUUACAAA